ACACGCAAAAACUGAACAAACAGACUUCUCUUCCUCUCUGCAAGCCAAGAACAAGGGAGCAGAAGAAGAACAUCAUCCAGAAUUCUCGAGGUCAAGUGAAGAGCUAAGCAAUGUCCUGCUUGUUUUCUUGUUGUGCAUCUCUCACCUGCGGUCUUUGCUCCUCCGUCGCUGCCGGUAUCUCCAGAAGCUCCGCUCGACUUGCUUACUGUGGCCUUUUCGGCGUCUCCUUAGUUGUUUCAUGGAUUCUCAGAGAGUUUGGAGCUCCUCUCAUGGAGAAGAUGCCUUGGAUAGAAACUGAGGGACAACCAAAGGAAUGGUUUCAAAUGCAGGCAGUACUUCGUGUGAGCCUAGGAAAUUUCCUGUUUUUUGCUAUACUUGCCCUUAUAAUGAUUGGUGUAAAAGACCAAAAUGAUAGACGUGAUGCAUGGCAUCAUGGAGGAUGGAUGGCUAAGAUGGUGAUCUGGAUUUUGUUUGUCGUCCUCAUGUUUUUUCUUCCAAAUGUUAUCUUCUCAAUAUAUGGAGUUCUAUCCAUAUUUGGGGCUGGGUUGUUUUUAUUGGUUCAAGUGGUUCUCUUACUUGACUUUACACACUCUUGGAAUGAUUCCUGGGUUGAGAAGGAUGAACAGAAAUGGUAUAUUGCUCUCCUUGUGGUAUCAAUUGGUUGCUACCUUGGAACAUACACUUUUUCGGGACUUCUGUUUAUCUGGUUCAAUCCCUCAGGCCAUGACUGUGGCCUCAAUGUCUUCUUCCUAGUCAUGACUAUGAUUCUUGCAUUUGUAUUUGCAGUAAUUGCUUUGCACCCAGCGGUAAAUGGAAGUUUAUUGCCUGCUUCUGUGAUAUCAGUUUAUUGCGCAUAUGUGUGCUAUACUGGUCUCUCUAGUGAACCACGUGACUACGUGUGCAAUGGUCUUCAUACAAAAUCUAAAGCGGUCUCCGUUGGUACACUUGUCCUUGGAAUGCUCACUACAGUCCUCUCUGUUAUUUAUUCUGCUCUUCGUGCUGGAUCUUCAACAACAUUUCUUUCUCCACCAUCUUCACCAAGAGCAGGUGGGAGUAAACCUCUUCUUGAAUCAGAAGACUUGGAGGAUGGAAAGAACAAAAAAACUGAAGGAGAGGGGCAACCUGUCAGUUACUCCUAUACAUUCUUCCACCUAAUAUUUGCUCUUGCAAGCAUGUAUUCAGCCAUGCUUCUUUCAGGCUGGACUAGCCUCAACGAGAGCUCAGACCUCAUAGACGUCGGCUGGACAUCCGUUUGGGUACGUAUCUGUACAGAAUGGGUAACUGCUGGUCUAUAUAUUUGGUCGCUCGUCGCCCCUCUCCUUUUCCCCGAUCGCGAGUUCUUUUAGGUUUGUCAUUACCUUCUGAUUGUAUGUUUGGCAUGUUAAUAUAUAUUUUCUAUAACUAUAAUUGCUAGGAACCGGAAAAAACAUCACCCUAUAUAUAUAAUGGAACAGAAGUAAAGAAAAAGAGUGUUGUAUUGUAUAGUUGAAUCUUAAAAUUUGUGUAGAAGAAAUAUCCUGGAGUUGGAAGGAAAAUGACCUGCGUCA